AUGCUCCUCGAUGAGAUUGACAAGACGGGCGCCGAUGCCAGGGGUGAUCCAGCUGCGGCGCUGCUGGAGGUGCUGGACCCCGAGCAGAACAAGUGCUUCCAGGACCACUUCCUGGGGGUGCCCUUCGAUCUCUCGCGGCUGGUGUUUGUGGCCACGGCCAACCGCGCAGCACCCAUCCCAACAACUUGUUUCAAUUCGCUGACCCUCUCAUCUCCCUUUCUGCCGCUCCCCCCUCUCCGCCCCAAUCCAAUCCACCAGCUACCUGGGGGUGCCCUUCGAUCUCUCGCGGGUGGUUUUUGUGGCCACGGCCAACCGCGCAGCACCCAUCCCAAACACUUGUUUCCCUGCUCCUUCCCUCACGUAUCCUUUUCCUCCCUCCCCCCUUCCACCCUUCCUCCUCUUAUCUCCAGCUUCCUAGGAGUCCCCUUUGAUCUCUCCCGCGUGGUGUUUGUGGCAACGGCCAACCGCGCAGCACCCAUCCCAGCCGCUUUCUUCCAUUUCAAUCACUUCCCUCCCUCUCCCCUCCUCUAUCCACCAGCUACCUGGGGCUACCUGGGGGUCCCCUUUGAUCUCUCACGAGUGGUGUUUGUGGCGACGGCCAACCGCGCAGCACCCAUCCCAGCCGCUCUGCUGGACCGCAUGGAGAAGACGCAACCAAUCUCCCCUUCUCCCCCCAUCUCUCCCACCCCUCAAUCCACCAGCUACCUGGGGGUCCCCUUCGAUCUCUCGCGGGUGGUGUUUGUGGCAACGGCCAACCGCGCAGCACCCAUCCCAGCCGCUCUGUUGGACCGCAUGGAGGUGAUUGAGCUGCCGGGCUACACCCCUGAGGAGAAGCAGCGAAUCGCCACGCGCCACCUCAUCCCGCGUGUGCUGGAGCAGCACGGCAUCACCAAGCGCCAUCUGCAUAUUUCGGACUUAGAUAGUGCAGCGAAUCGCCACGCGCCACCUCAUCCCAGCGUGCUGGAGCAGCACAAGGUCACCAAUCACCACCUCCAUGUCUCGGAUCACGCGGUGGAGAUGCUGAUAACGCGCUAUACUCGUGAGGCAGGAGUGAGGAAUCUGAGUCGCCUGCUGGCAGCACUGGCGAGGCACGCUGCUGUGCAGCUCUGCUGCUGCCACCUCACUCUCAUAUUUCUCUUCCCUCACCCCUUCCACGACCCCACCACCCACCACCCACAGGUAGCCCAGUCGAAUCACUGCAUCCGCGUGGCGAGGAAGGUGAGCAGGACCCCCACUGCCCCUGCCUGUACACCCAGCUCUGCUGCUGCUGCCACCUCACUCUCAUAUUUCUCUUCCCUCACCCCUUCCACGACCCCACCACCCACCACCCACAGGUGGCCCAGUCCAAUGGCUGUAUCCACGUGGCGAGGGAAGCGAGCAGACCCCCCCUGCUCCUGGGACUGUCCCUGCCACUGGCACGGCCGCUCUGCUGCUGCUUCUCCCACGGCUGGCCCUCGAUUUUCUCUCCUGUAUCGCCUCUACCUACCUACCCCUUCAACCUCCACCCCACCACCCACAGGUGGCCCAGUCCAAUGGCUGUAUCCGCGUGGCGAGGGAAGCGAGCAGACCCCCCCUGCUCCCGGGACUGUCCCUGCCACUGGCACGGCCGGUGCACCCAGCUCUGCUGCUGCUUCUCCCACGGCUGACCCUCAUGAUUUUCUCCUGUAUCGCCUCCACCUACCCCUUCAACCUCCACCCCACCACCCACAGGUGGCCCAGUCCAAUCGCUGCAUCCGCAUAGCGAGGGAAGUGAGCGGGACCACUGGGACGGCUUCUACCUCUGGCUCUGCUCCUGCUGGUGCACCCAGCUCAGCUGCUACUAUCAACACGGCUGACCCGCUGGCGGCAGCAGCAGCAGUGGGAGAUGCCAAGGCGGAGCUCGAGAUGGAGGUGGAGGCGAUAGGCAUGGAGUGCGGUGCAGGCAGUGCCAAGGCGGAGCUCGAGAUGGAAGUGGAGGCUAUGGGCAUGGAGGAGGGCAAGGAGGUAGGUGGUGGCAGUGAUGGCGGACUCAGACCCAAUCGAGGUAACAGAGGAUAUUCUGUGCUCCAGCUCCCUCCUCUUCACCUCUCUGCACCGCUUUCCUUCUCCCUCCACGCCACUGAACCCCUGUACCCCUCCCACCCUGGCAAGGAGAUGGCGGCCGUGAUGGCGGACUCAGACCCAAUCGAGGGCAAGGAGGUGGCAGCAGUGAUGGCGGAGUCUGACCCUAUAGAAGGCAAAGAGGUGGCAGCAGUGAUGGCGGACUCAGACCCAAUUGAAGUCACAGAGGAGAUGCUGGAGAAAGUGCUGGGGCAGAGAGGUGGCAACACCGGGAGUGGCAGACUGGCAGUUGGUCUGGUGUGGACGGCAGUGGGGAGGGGCGAGGUGCAGUUUGUUGAAGCCCUCCCUCCUUUUACCAUCCCUCGCCCUUCCCCUCUCCCCUUCCCUUACUCUGCACUACACCAACCCCGCCCCCUCUGUCUCCACGUCUCCCUCUCCUCACCCCUCUUCCCAUCUCAGCCUCCCAAGUUUGGCGGCAGGGAUACCGGGAGUGGCGGUUGGGCUGGUGUGGACGGCAGUGGGGGGCGAAGUGCACCCCCCAAGUUUGAUGGCAGGGAGGCAGCAGAGAGGGUGGCGACACCGGGAGUGGCGGUUGGGCUGGUGUGGACGGCAGUGGGGGGGGAGCCCCCCAAGUUUGACGGCAGGGAGGCAGCAGAGAGGGUAGCAACACCGGGAGUGGCAGUUGGAUUGGUGUGGACUGCAGAGGGGACCGAGCCACCCAAGUUUGACGGCAGGGAGGCAGCAGAGAGGGUGGCGACACCGGGAGUGGCGGUUGGGCUGGUGUGGACGGCACCCCCCAAGUUUGACAGCAGGGAGGCAGCAGAGAGGGUUGCAACACCGGGAGUGGCAGUUCAGUCACUCGCUUCUCUCACUCUGCCUAACACUUCCCCGUUUUCCCUCAGUGCACCCCCCAAGUUUGACGGCAGGGAGGCGGCAGAGAGGGUGGCAACACCAGGAGUGGCGGUUGGGUUGCCACCCAAGUUUGAUGGCAGGGAGGCAGCAGAGAGGGUGGCAACCCCAGGGGUGGCGGUUGGGCUGGUGUGGACGGCAGUAGGUGGCGAGCCUCCCAAGUUUGAUGGCAGGGAGGCAGCAGAGAGAGUUGCAACCCCGGGAGUGGCGGUGGGGCUGGUGUGGACCGCAGUGGCGGGCGAAGUGCAGUUCCCUCCCAAGUUUGACGGCAGGGAGGCAGCAGAGAGGGUUGCGACGCCGGGAGUGGCGGUGGGGCUGGUGUGGACCGCAGUGGGGGGGGAAGUGCAGUUCGUUGAAGCGACAGACAUGGUGGGGAAGGGAGAGCUGCAUCUGACAGGACAGCUGGGGGACGUCAUUAAGGAGUCAGCCCAGAUUGCACUCACUUGGGUCCGUGCCAGGGCAGCAGAGCUCUUCCCACCACCCCCUACCUCCACCCCUCCCUCCUCCUCCUCUCCGCCUUUCAGACCAUCAGACCAUCCCUUCGAUGACACCACACCUGCUCCCGACCACCUCCCUCCUCUCGGCCCCUACGGCGCUGUCUCCUCCUCCCCCGCCUCUCCCCCUACUGUCGUCCCCACCAUCCAUCCCUCCUCCUUUGCUCCUCCUGCUGUCUCCGCUACUCCUGCUGUUGCUGCUGCUGGUACUUAUGCCACUGCUGCUUCUCGCUCUGCUGCUCCGUCUGCUGCUGCUGCUGCAGUUGUUGCUGCUUCUCCCUCGGCCACUGCUGAUGCUUCUGCUUAUGCGAUCAUGGCUUACCCGAGCACUGCUGCUAUUACCAACGGCAAGAGCAGCAGUAGCAGCAUCCGCCGUGGCAGCAACAUCGUCGCAUCAUCAGCUGGCCCUGUGCCUCUCCCUCGCAAUCUCAUGGAGGGGCGAGACAUUCACAUCCACUUCCCCGCAGGUGCUGUGCCCAAGGACGGCCCAUCGGCUGGUGUUACGCUGGUAACUGCACUCGUGUCUCUCCUCUCCAACCGCUGUGUGCGGUCCGACACGGCUAUGACCGGCGAGCUCACACUCAGAGGCCUGGUGCUGCCUGUAGGAGGGGUUAAGGAGAAGAUUCUCGCUGCCCAUCGCUGCGGCAUCAGGCGAGUUAUUCUGCCCGAAAAGAACAUCAAGGAUCUCCAGGAGGUGCCAGCUGCUGUGCUGGCAUGCAUGGAGGUAGGCUGA